UUCGUCAUCUUCCCACCCCCACCCAGUGCGUCACCGCCCCUUGCACCAGCAUGUCCCCCGCCUCACAACCUCGCUCUGCCUCACCACGCCAAAAACGCGCCGACUUUGACCUUGAACCGAAUCCCUUUGAGCAAAGUUUCUCACGACCGUCUGCCUCGGCGUCAAACGGUAGGCAGGGAAAGGAGACGUCGUCGGGCGAGUCUGACCCGCCAUCAGCGGAAUCGAGCGAGAAAUCCGGGACUAAGAGGUCGAAGAGCAAGUCGCCUCCGGUGGAAGAGAAGCCGGUCUUGCCCCCACUUGCAUCCAUCUCGUCACCGUCCGACCCGGCGACCUAUCAAUGGGGAGGCUUCACACCAGGCAUGGCUAAUUCGUUGCGGGCCGGACCCCUUUCACCCGCUAUGCUUGCCGGACCCCAGCCGCAUCAGCCGCCCAAUGAGUUCGACCCCAACUCCUUCCGUUCUGGCCUUACCCCCCGUACUGGUCUUACACCCAGGACAGGCCUCACACCACUCGUUGGCGGCCCAGUCGCUUUCCCUCAGACACCCGGCACUGCUGCCUUCAUGCAGCUAGUCAACGGUCAAAAUCCCACCAUCACGCCUAACACCCUCAAUGCUAUUACUGGUGCUCUCAAUGGUACCCAGUACAACCCCCAAACACAUACUGAAAACGGCGGCGGCGGUGAGUAUCUGAAUAGCGCUUCUACUGCUGCUACCACCGCCGCCAAUGGCCUUUUCCUUCUCUCGCAGGCUCACCAGGAGCUUACGAAGCGUGAGGAAGCUCAGGCUCGCGGGUCGUCUCCUCCCAACCAAAACAGGCGUGGUACUAAGAGAAAAAACGGUAAUGAGGGUAAAAGGAGGAAUACUCGAGGCAGGAAAAUGGACGAUGAUGACGACGAAGACGAGGAGGAGGAGGAAGAGGACUUUUAUGAGCCUCAAAAGAAGCAGCAUUCCAUGCAACCUCAGCUUCAGAAAAAGCCCGAGACAGAGGAGGAAAAGCGCAAGAAUUUUCUGGAACGCAAUCGGCAGGCUGCACUGAAAUGCCGGCAGCGCAAGAAAGCCUGGCUUGCUCAACUCCAAGCCAAGGUCGAGUUUCUUUCCCAGGAGAACGAGCGGCUCACGUCCGCGCUUGUGGCAUCCAGGGAAGAGAUAUCUCGACUGAGCGCUCUCGUCGGAGGCGUUGGCGUUGGCGCGGGCGUCACCAAUGGACCCGGCUCCGGUGUCCCAGUUAGCGUCGGCGUCGGCGUCAUAGGCGGCAAGGAGGGUAGGGCGAGCGGCGGUGCGUAUGGUUAUUAGGACACUUGUUUUUUGUCGUUAUCUCUGCUCUCCCCUGGUUCUCUUGUGUAUUCCAGUUCUAUGUCUUACUUCGUAUGUAUACUCACGCUUCUACCGCAACAAAACGAAACACGAAGAUAAAGUGUUCAUGUAUUACUAUCUCUUACACUUGGGUGGGAACACGUUGAAGCAAGUCGCGUCCCUUGAUGAUGUUCUGAUGUUUAAUGACGUGCAUAUGACGGGUGGUGAUUAGGGGUGUUCCGUUACUGAUCUAUUGGGGAUAUGUGGGUGCUGUGCUAAUUAUUAGUACGAUAAAAAGAUAAGAUCAUGGGCACAUGGUGUAGAUGGUUUAUCACGCCCGCUUAGCAUGCGGGAGGUGUUGGGUUCAAGUCCCAAUGUGUCCAAUGGUUU